UGGACAACUUGAGCCGGCAAUUGGACUGGACGGCGCUUGAGGGAGGGAAAAGUUGAGUCCGCAGCCUUCUUGAGAGUCCUUUAGCCUCCGCAUUCGGCUCCUAUCGGGAGAAUGGUGACGAUGAAUGAAAUGACCAGGACAUACAGGAAUAAAACAAAUGGUACAAGAUAAUGAUCUGCUGUGGUGCAAGUGGAUGAUCAAUCAGGUAGUAACCACAUGAAAGAUGGAGGAGUACAAGGUGCUGGAGGCAAUAGGACAAGGUUCAUUUGGAAGAGUGUUCCGAGGAAAAUGCCUCCUUAGGGGGCAAAUUGUAGCUCUCAAGUUUAUUCCAAAAAGAAAUAAAGUAGAAAGAGAAUUAAAAAGUCUCCGGCAAGAGUGUGAAAUUCAAAGAGGUCUGGCACAUCCAAAUAUUGUUCGUACAAUUGACUCGUUUGAGACAGAAAAUGAAGUUGUGGCUGUUAGUGAGUAUGUGCCUGGCCAACUUUUUCAACUUUUAGAGUCUAAUGGUCCAUUAAGAGAGGAAAGAGUUCAACAGAUUGCUUGCAACUUAGUUUCAGCAAUUUAUUAUUUGCAUUCUCAUAGAAUUCUCCAUAGAGACAUAAGCCCCAAAACAUUUUGCUCUCAUCAACUAGUGAAGCAAAACUGUGACUUUGGAUCCUCCAGAAAAAUGUGCAUCAAUACCUAUGUAUUGACAUCUGUUAAAGGCACUCCAUUGUAUAUGGCACUUGAAUUAAUUGAGGAGAAACCUUAUGAUCACAAUGCAGAUUUGUGGUCCCUUGGGUGCAUCCUUUAUGAACCACUUCUUGGAAAGCCACCCUUUUGUACCACUUGUAUAGUUCAGUUAAUCAAAAUGGUGAGAAGUGAACCAGUCAUAUGGCCGGGAGGAUGGAGCAAGGAUUGUUCCACUUUUUUACAUGGACUCCUUGAGAAAGAUCCAAGCAAAAGGCUCACAUGGCCAGCUUUACUUGAGCAUCCUUGGGUUCAGGAGGGAGUAGUGUUUAUUGAACACUCUCUGAAUAUAAUGCCUCUCACUGAUCCUUUGACAGUGUCUCAACACCAGCUAAAACAACAACAAUGUAAAGAAUUAGUAGAAAAAGCUGCUGGACAGUCAAGAGUGGCUGGCCAGUCUAACAUUAGAAAGUUGUCUCUAUAUCAAAAGAAGUUUCACCACAAAGACUUGAAUUGUCAACUUUGCAGGCUGAUAGAGCAGUGGAUGAUGUAUCUUUACCUCCUGCACCUGUAAGCUUUCCUCACCAGAAUGAGAGAAAGAAAAGCAUAGGAAUUCCUCAAAUAGAUGGUGAAACCUUAAAAAAGUUACCAGCAGUUCAUCUCCAAACUGGCUCAUGUCAAGAGGAUCAAGGCUCAAGAUCUCCAUCUCCAUAUCAACAGCAUUACAGAGGAAGAGAGAAAAUUAUUCGAGUUUGUUUAGAUAACUAGUUCAACUGAUGCAUCAGUUCAAAGCCUGAAACAGUGUGUACACACAGUGGAAGCUGAUGUCCACAUUAAUGGAUCCUCAAAGGAAUCUGUUCCAGCAGCUGGACAAGAUUAUGAACCUGAUGUUAAGAAGUGCAAUUGGGGCAUCAGUCAGGAAACUCAGCAGAAUAUCUCAGGAGCCAGGGUUCAAGGAAGAGGAUGUCAAAGACUUUCAGACAUAUGGACCAGUACCUCUAGAAGAUCGCAAAGAUAGUAUGGUCAGUUGCCUAGCAAAUUGAAUAGAUUCCUCUAGAAGGGGGAGCAGACUUUCCAAUACAGUGUUAGAGUUAAUGCAAGAUGGAAGACCAAAUUUGCCAAACAUAAAUGAGGAGAGUUAUGCUCCAUUUACUGAAGAAAGAGUGUUGACUGUUAUGAGUGGAAAGACUAGUAGUGCUGCAGUGUUUACUCUUCACAGUUUCAAUUUUGAAGACACACCAAUUGAAACAGAGGAAUGGUGUCAGUUUAUUGAUAAAUCAUUGGCAGAUGUACUUGAUGGAAAUUGUAGCAUAUUUCUUGAACAAACAGAAUUUUCCAUUUUUGUUUCUUCUUGGAGAAAUCAAAACAUGUUCGCUGCCAGUUAUAAAUAAACUUACAGCUUUGCUGUCGUUGUCCAUGACUAUGGAUGAUAUGAGGAAUAGUAAGGAAAGUGUGAUUAAGGUGUAUCUUGAGUGUAAACUGGUACCAAAUUUAGUGUAUUGUUGCAAACUGAUAUCACGGGUAGAAAACUAUAAGCUAAAAAGAACAGUUGAAUUUGAUAAAGAUCAGAUCGAUUCAGUGGGAAGUAUUACUGCAUUAAUGUGCCAUUUAGUGUAUCUUGAAAAAGAUUUUCUAUUUUAGUUUUGCAACUGUGUUUGUGUAUUAAAUGCUUUUAACGUGAUGAAAAGAUCCUAAGCCUAGAUAAUGUGCUUCCAAGUUUAGUUGCAGACAUGCUGGCAAUACUGAAUCACAUCUUGAGAAAAACACCUGAGAGUCAAACAGUUGUGGGAAAGAUCUUAGGUAGUGACACCACAGUUCUCUUGCUGCUGGGUACUCUUAUUACCCACCCAGUACCUGUUGUGCGGGCAAGGCUGUGCACCCUCAUCAGAUAUUUGGCCAAGUGCUGCCCUCAGGUGGCAAAGCUGUUUGAAGGUCAGCACAAACUUAUAUGUGAUUUAAUCAAUUUGGAAAGUGAUCUUGUUCCUCAAGUGAGAAAAGCUACUUCUUUUGCAGUAUCAUGUUUACAAUCAUUCACAGAACUAAUACCUGAUGAUUCAUGCUCUUGAUGUGACUACUAAAUGCAUGAUUUAAUCAAUUUGGAAAGUGACCUUGUUCCUCAAGUGAGAAAAACUGCUUCUUUUGCAGUAUCAUGUUUACAGAUCAUUCACAGAACUAAUACCUGAUGAUUCAUACUCUUGAUGUGACUACUAAAAUGCUCAUUUCUCUAUGGUAUGGGAACGGAGUGUUCUUGAAAAAGAGGCAGGAAUGACAAAAAUGAGAAUUUGUGGCUGUUAUUAGAUUGGUAGUGUUCAGUAGAGAUAUAUAACAGUAAGAUUCACAUUAAUUUCACAACCACAAGCAUUCCUUCACUCUAGUAUAUAAGCCUCUGUGUGGGUAGAGGACUGAUCCUCACUGACCACACUGUACUGCGGUCACUUGUUUAGCAUGCCUCUGGUAAUCAUAAUAAACCAUUUCCUUCAUCUGACUUAAUUAGCUGAAUGGGCCACGCACACACAAACUUCCAGUAGAUGUCGAGGCUUUCUAGGGCUGGAUCAUGGUUUACUCUUUCACAUCUGCUUUCCACCCACUGGGUGAUGCAUAGUCCCUCUUCCUUCUUCUUUUAUAUCUAAUGGUCUCUGUGUUGUCCCUCCUUUCCAUGAAGUGUUUCCUUUAGCAUACACCUCUUUUACCUGACUCACUUGUCUUCACUGAUCUCUUCCAUUCUUUCUCCACAUGCCUAAGAUAUCAUCACACUCCCUCAACUGGUUGGUCAGCUGACUCUGACCAACCUGACUCUGAUCAAUUCUCAGCACUUUCUUUUUUACAAUUCUUGGCACUUUCUUAGCACUUUCUUAUUUUUUUACUUGAUCCAUAGGUCCAUACAUGUUCCUCAUACAUCUUAUCAUAAUAACAUUUAAUGUCCUCCCUCAUGCUCCCAUACUACAUGUUUCAGCCCCUUAAAAUGCAUAUGGUAAAUACCACCAAAAUAUUUUUUAUAAAAAAAAAAAAAAAUCGUAGAAUAUAAACUGGAAGUCAGGAGAGAAUAACUAAAUGACUAAAAAUACAGUAUUAAUCAUAAUGAUGUGAACUACCAGUGUAUUUUGUAAUUUUUCAUGCAACAGUCAAUAAGAUCGAGUAAACACUGCUUUGAGGUCUUGAUAUGAGACCACACCUGUAUUUUAUUAAGAUCAAGAAUGUAAAAAUAAAUUUAAAUCAGUCAUAUUUUGUAAUUGGCAGUGUUCAUACAAGCUGAAUAUGUAAUCACAAUGAAUUAUAUGAACUCAA